UUGAACGCGAUAUCAUCUUUUUUUUAGUCAAUUCUGAAGUACUUACCUAAUUCAAUUUAAAUCGUUUAUCAUUUUACGUAUUAGUGCUAAAUUAUACGAAUAAACAUGCUUGAAAUCUAUCGCCUUAUCUUAGCAUGAAAAAGUUUUAAAAAUUCGGUUAUCCCGAAAAUCGCAGCAUUAUUUUAUUACCUACUUAGCUUAUACGGUACGGUAUGUGUAAAUGGAGUUCAAUUCGUUAAUCAACUUAAUUACUUAUUUGUAAUUUUUUCAUUCAGCAAUAAUCUAAUUGGCGAUAUUUGGCUGAACGAAAAAUGUUGAAAAUCAACUGCAGUUCAUUCAGUUCAAGAAUUACCUCGGUGUAUUCACUCAUCAGCCUUCUGCUUGUAAUUUCGAGCACUGUAAAUGCAUUCGAAGACAGAAUUAAAGUAGAAUCAAAUUACAUAUUUGUCAAAUAUGAGCACGAAUUGAAAGGAGAAAAAUCAGGAUUCCAUCACUACAUCGAUAUCGGAAUAUUCGACCACGUAGCUCCGGCAAAUUGUACAAAGGACGCAGGUUCAUUCUGCAGACAAUGGGCAGAUUUUGCAAAACUGCAAAUUACAAAAAAAGACAGCAAAUGUGAACGAUACGAGCUGACUACAAAAUACGAAAAACCACUACUAGUACGUUUCGAUACAUCGAACGUUUACUUGUACGGUGGAGCAGAACAAGAUCUGCAGAGUUGGCCCGCAGACUUCAUCGAGUACAAGAAGUACUCCUACGUGACAAAAGAAAAAGACAGUCAGGCUGUAUUAGAGCCUUUAUGGUUGGUCACCAAUGGCAUGUAUUUAUACGUCGAUCAAAACACGCCUUUGUUCAUAAGUCAAAACAAAAACAAACGAUAUUUCGACCUGAUUGCCUCCAGAGAGCCUCCUUAUGUAAGGACCAGUGGCGUAACUGAGCUCAAAUACACGCUGUGUAAAUUGGAUAAUAUAAAGGAAGCUUAUCAGCAUGCCAUUGAUAAUGUGCUGGGUAAACCGAGCGCUGCAGCCGAUGACAGAAUGGUAAGGUUUCCUAUAUGGUCAACUUGGGCUAAAUACAAGGCUAAAAUAAAUACCACCAUCGUGAUGGAGUAUGCGAACCUGAUCUCUGAGAGCGGAUUCCCGAAUAGUCAGUUGGAAAUCGAUGAUAAUUGGGAAACGUGUUACGGUAGUUUGACCGUAGAUACAAAUAAUUUCGGUGACAUGAGUAAUUUAGUUCAACGAUUAACGAAAGUAGGCUAUCGAGCUACACUUUGGGCACAUCCUUUUGUAAAUUUAGAUUGCGAACCUUACUAUUCGGAAGGAGUGAAAAAUGGAUAUUUCGUCAAGACUGCUACGGGUUCGGUUGCUUCAAAAUGGUGGAAUGGGCCGGCCGGUCAGAUUGAUUUCACAAAUCCAGAGGCGGUAGCUUGGUGGCAAAACAGACUUAAAAAAUUAAAAGCUGAAACUGGUAUCGCUUCUUUUAAAUUUGACGCUGGUGAAAGCUCUUGGUCUCCUGUGGCACCCGUAUUCCACCAAAUGACCGAUGACUAUCCCGAAUCUGGUCUGAAAAACUAUAUCGAAGCAGCGGCAGAAUUUCGUCCGAUUGCGGAGGUACGAUCGGCCAGAGGUACUCAGAAGUAUCCUAUUUUCCUUCGUAUGAUCGAUCGUGAAUCGAAUUGGGAUGGACGUUUGGCACUUAGCACGCUGAUACCUACUUUAUUACUAAUGAAUAUUUUGGGAUAUCCUUUCGUGUUGCCUGAUAUGGUUGGAGGUAACGGAUACAACGAAAAAGUAUCGGAUGAGCUGUUCGUUAGAUGGUUGCAAGCCAAUGUGUUCAUGCCUUCCAUUCAGUUUUCAUAUUUACCAUCGGAUUAUGGAAACGAAGUAUUGAGAAUAAGCAAGAAAUUCGUCGACUUACACGUUCAAUACGCUGAUAAAAUAAUCGAAGCGAUGAAAAACUCAGUCAAACACGGAACCCCAGUUAAUGCUCCUCUUUGGUGGAUUGAUCCCACAGAUCCUGAAACUUAUCUCAUCGAUUCCGAAUUUUUAUUAGGCGAAGAUAUCUUAGUAGCACCGGUGUUACAACAAGGGGCUCAAAGUCGAGAUAUCUAUUUACCCAAAGGGUAUUGGAAAGAUGGAAAUGAAAAAGAUGCUGAAAUAAUCAAAGGUCCUAUUUGGAUUUAUAAUUAUCCGGCCGAUAUAGAAACGUUGCCAUAUUUUAUCAAUGUCGCAGCUCCUCCUAAUAAAGAUGACAAAGAUGAUAAGAAAAAUGGCGCUGGUGUUGCCACGAUACCGACUCUAAGCUCGAUAAUAAUCGCCUUAAUUUUAGGUAAACUGUUCGCUUUCAGAUUGUAAGUUUGAUAGUACAUACAUAUAAUAUGAUAUAAGUAAUAAAGUACAAAUAAAUACCUUCUCUUAUUUAUGUAUGGAAUGGAUAGGUAUACCUAUUUUACUUUUCCUCGUCUCCCCUCAAACUUUAUUAUUUCAAUGUUUACCAUUACCUACCAAUUGUAGAUAAAUUUACUAGGUCCCUAUUAAUAAGCAUUUGUAUUGAAAUGUAACUAUGUACAUAUUUGUAAAUAAAUUUAAAUGAUCUGCCUUGUA